AUGGAGGCAAAAUACAUCGCGUGGCGCAACGCCUACAUCCGCAGCAGCCCAGAGGGUCUCUACUGCUUCUACAACGCCAGCGGGGACAACGGCGAUGCAGUGACCUGUUCAGAGGCGCACGGCUAUGCCAUGCUCAUCUCGAUCCUGCACCGCAACCUGCAGGACUUUGACGCUCUGCUGCGUUUCUUCCUGCACUUUCGCAACGAAAAGGGCCUCAUGAAGUGGCAGGUGCGGCAGAAGAAGCACCACGCCCUCUACGUCGCCGAAGACGGCCAGACCAGCGCCACGGAUGGCGACAUCGACAUCGCGGCGGCUCUGAUCCUGGCAUCGCGCCUCUUUCCGCAGGGCUCGCCCGCCUACCCCGCUGGAGCAUACCGGCACGAGGCCCAGGCUCUGCUCUCGGCGAUCUACCGCUACGAGAUUCACCCGGACCUGCGCACACCCCUGCUGGGAGACUGGUGCAAUUCGGACGGCGACGACAAUGUCCGGCUCUACAACGCCACGCGCUCCUCGGACUUUAUCCUGAGCGCCUUCCACCUCUUUGAGCAGUUCGUCGAUGACGCGGGGCAGAAGCAGGCGUGGCGCAGCGUCGUCGAUGCCGUCGUCGGCGCGACGGUCAGCGUCUCCUCGCAGUCCGAGACGGGCCUUGUCCCGGACUUCCUCGAGUACAAUGCCCAGGAGCGCACGUGGAAGCCGGCGUGGGGCAAGCUGCUCGAGGGCGAAUACGACGGCCACGUCUCGUGGAACGCCUGCCGGACGCCGUGGAGGCUGGCGCACUACUACGCCGUCACCCAGGAUGCGCGGCUGCGACCGGUGCUCGACAAGAUGUACAAGUCGCUCGUCUCGCCCGACCACCGCGAGUGCGACUUCCCCCAGACUCCCGCCGGCAUCGACAUCUGGAGCGGCAAACCCCUCGUCGACUACAGCGACAAGGCCUUUAUCGCACCGACGUCGUACCUCUGCUACGUCCUUGGCGACUCGGCCUCGCACAAGCAGGGCGUCGACGCCCUCGCCGCGGCAAAGGACAGCUACUUUGGCGAUUCCAUCGACGUCCUCAUCGCCGAGCAGGCUGUCAAUGCCGAGCUGUUCCGGUAG